AAACAACUAAAUUAUGCUGAAAAUGUUCCCUGGUGUGUGUUCUACCUUGUGUCAUAUUCACUAUUAAAAACACAAGAUUCUCUUCCUCAAUUCUCACCUGCAACCUCUUUUAUGCUCUCUUCACCCUCUUUAUCAAAACCAUUUUGCUAUAUCAUACAUCAUAACCAACUUUUCUCCACCUUCCCUCAUUUGAUUCAAUUUCAAUUAUUCAAAGACAGCUCCACCCACUUCUCAUCUUUCUCUCUUCUCUUCUAUGCAGUUGAGAAAAAAUAUGCUCCAAUCCAACAAGCAAAGAACCUUCUCCUCACUUUUCUUUUGUAGUACCUUUUUCCUCUAGCUUUUUUGUUCUCUGUGCUGUUGUUAGUAUCUACAACUACUUCAUGAUGAGUUUAUGUUCCUCUCAAGGAACAAGUUCUGAUGACACCAAGGAUGUUCCCAAUGCACUUGGAAAAGACUCUUCUGAGUUAAAAAGGCACAAACUCAGAACCUUUUUGAAAAAAAUAAUGUGGGACUUUGCCCUUGCUUGUGUUGGUGUUACUUGUGGUGGCAAUAACUACCGUAACGGUCUCAGGAAGACCACUUUGGAGCAUAACAAGGCGUGGCUGCUGUCAGAAUCUGGAGCAGAAUUGGCAAGUGCUGACCCUCAAUCGGUUCACUCAUCUUUCAGGUUUAGCUUCUGUUCUCAGGUUGAAGUUGAGUCCUUCAACAUGAGUUCUACUCUUUCUGCUGCUACUACUACUGCUACUACCAUUUUGACGGUGAAUUUGGAAUAUGAGUCUCAAGUGAGGGAGAUGAAGUGGAGGAGAAUAGAGUCACUGGAGAAAAGCAUAUCCCCAGUGGUCAACACUUUGAUCAGGUUCAGCUAUGAUGAAAUUCUAUUUGCUACUCACAAUUUCUCCCAAGGGAGGGUGUUGGGGAGAGGUGCCUUGAGCUGUGUUUUUAGAGGAAGAGUUGGGCCUUGGAAGACUGCUGUUGCUAUUAAAAGGUUGGAUAAAGAAGACAAAGAGAGUGCCAAGGCGUUUUGUAGGGAAUUGAUGAUUGCUAGUUCUCUUCAUAACACAAACGUUGUUCCCCUUGUGGGAUUUUGUAUUGACUCAGAAGAGGGUUUGUUUUUGGUGUACAAGUAUGUGUCUGGGGGAAGCUUAGAGCACCACUUACAUGGUAGGAAGAAGAGUGUGAAGGGUGGUUCAUCACUUCCAUGGUCUGUGAGGUAUAAAGUUGCAAUUGGGAUUGCAGACGCCGUGGCUUAUCUGCAUAAUGGAACAGAAAGAUGUGUUGUUCAUAGAGACAUUAAGCCUUUAAACAUUCUGCUUUCCUCUAAGAAGAUUCCCAAGUUAUGUGAUUUUGGAUUAGCUACAUGGACUGCUGCACCUUCAGUUCCAUUCCUUUGCAAAGCUGUGAAAGGAACAUUUGGUUAUUUGGCUCCUGAGUAUUUCCAACAUGGGAAAGUAUCAGAUAAAACUGAUGUUUAUGCUUUGGGAGUUGUUUUAUUGGAACUCUUAACUGGCCGCAAGCCAAUUGAAGCAAAAAGGCCUCAUGGAGAGGAAAACUUGGUCUCAUGGGCUAAACCUUUGCUGAGAAAAGGGAAAGGAGCCAUUGAGGAGUUGCUUGAUCCUCAAGUGAAGUACAGUUUGAGAUACACAGAUCAAAUGGCUAGGAUGGUUGAUGCAGCAGCUGCUUGUGUUACAAAUGAAGAAUCUAGGAGACCUAGCAUAGGUGAGAUUGUUGCAAUACUGAAGGGUGAGGUAGAGCCUGUUUUCUCUAGAAGAAGGAAAUCUGGUUAUUUUGGUAAUGGAUAUGUGAUUGAUUACUACCCUCAAUUACAAGAAACAAAUAAUGAGAUGAAAAGUCACUUGGCUUUGGCAAUGCAAGGAGUUCCAGAGUAUGAUGAAGAUGAUUUUCUUUGUGGUCGUUGAGAAUUAUUUUUGCCAUGAUUCUCACCAUAGUGCAGGAUUAGAUGUGAUGUCAACAUUUUCGAGUUGUUGGUAGAAAUAGGAGCUCAGAUAAAUAUUGCUUGUUUGUACAUUUCUUCCAUUUACCUUCCCCUAAUCAAAGGGGUAAAGUGUAAUAUAAAUAACUUAUAUAAACUCAUUAUUACAUGUUUA